AUGUCUGACUAUUGCCUGAAGCGCGGCAACUGCUAUGGCAUCCUACAGAGCACGGUCGCCGCGGCCGCGGAGAGGCUGCUGCCUCUAGACGCGGCCGAGCGCGCCAACAGCGCCGGCAACACCCACCUUGCCGUGGUGUACCCGGAGCCGCUGGGGCGCAAGCCGGCCGAGCAGCAGCUGGUCAGCAGCUUCGCAAACAGGUCGGACCUCAUAGAGGCGGUCAAGACGUCCAUCUACAUCCCGCUGUUCGCUGGGCCGUCGCUGACCCGAGAUAUCCUGACGAACGACAUUUUGCUGGGGGAGGCCGACAACAAGAGGCGCGCCGUCGAUGUUGCCGCAAACAUCCUCCUCGGCUCGGACCUUGCCAACACGCUCAGCGCGACCAUUCGGUCGCUGACCGGCAACGCGAGGGCGGACGUCCCAGGCGAGGCGGCGCAGAUCAAGCAGAUGGUGGGGCAGCUGAUGCGGCUCUUCACGCCUGGGGAGGACGGCGCCGACAUUUGGCCGGGGCGGCGGCACCCGUUGCCCGUCACCGAGCUGUUCUGGUCGACAUGGAUGAUGUCACCGCCGACGAUCGACUGGGCAGACAAGAUCUUUGAGCUCGGCAAGGCAGAGGCGCUAUCAUGGGCGAAAGAGGCCGGGUUUGCCGACAGUCAGGGCCAGCGGCAGCAGCAGCGGCAGCAACAGGAGAGCGGCCCUGGAUCACACAAAGCAGGCCCCGGAGCUGCCGCGGCCGCAGCCAAAGGCAGACUGGCCGGCACUGGGCUGCGCUCGAAGACGGCGCGCUCUGCCGAGGCCAGCAUCAAGUUUGGUGUGCAGGAGGGGCGGCGGCUGCACUGA